AUGAACGGCAGUCUCGUAGACUUUGCAUUGAAAGGCUUACCAUCUGGAAACUUAGUUUCUGCAUACGCUUACGUUCCCCGAUUUAUUAAGAAUAGUUUAUUAACCCGACAACACAGUGAAAAUGAUUUACUUCAAAUAAAUAAUAAUUCGUCACCAUCUAAAAAAACAACUCAAGUAUCUGAAAUUGUUAGUUUUCUUCGCACUGCAUGGCGUCUACCACCACCUGAAUUAAUAAUAUCUGUAACAGGUGGUGCACGAUUUUCUAAACUGACAACGCCACGUAUUCAGAAUGCAUUUCAACAAGGUCUUAUAGCUGCUGCUAUUACAACAGAUGCUUGGAUAUUUACUGGUGGAAUGUAUUCAGGUGUUAUGAAAGAAGUAGGUGAUGCUGUUGAUAAAUGUCGAUAUAAAAAUACCAAAAUACCAUCAAAAAUCCCCUGUAUAGGCAUCACAAAUUGGUAUUGUAUAACAGAUCAUGAACAUUUGAAGCAAAAAUCAAAUGAUGAUGACAUGCUUGCCAAUCACCAACAAUACAAAGAACGAAAGAGAUCAAAAUCGAUACUUAGUUUGAAGCGAUAUCGAGCAGAUCGUCGGGAUACGUUGCUAUCGGAUAUCGAAUUACCAACGAUAAGUGAAGCUGUUAUUGUCAAUUUUCCACCUAAAGAGGCAGUGUUCUCAGAAAUUACAACAAAUAUCAAACGAAUUAAAUUAUAUCGAAAUCGUGAACCAUUUUCAAAUGACGAAAAUUGUUCACUUGAUCCAAAUCAUACUCAUUUUUUACUAUUAGAUGAUCUCUAUGGAUCCGAUAUUCAAAAUUGGAAAGAUCAACAUCCAGAAAAAAUAAAUUGUCGUACCGAUUUGAUUUCAACAAUUCGAGCUGAAAUUGAACAAGAAUCACGAAAAAUCAUCAUUGGACAGCAAAGUUUCACAAUACCAAUCGUUCAAAUUUUGAUGGAGGGUUGUGCAUCAUCAGUUAUUACUAUUUGUAAAUCAUUGACAAAAGGAACACCAUUAAUUGUUAUUGAUGGCACCGGUGGAGCAGCAAAUAUCAUUUCAAGUGAAUACAAACGUUUAUAUGGUACAACUCAAAAUCGAGAUAAUUACACCUCUAGAAACCAUGUUGUAUGGAGGCAAGAGUAUGAAACAAUGAACAAUAAUAUUAUUAAUGAUACAAAUCGUAGUAGUUUCAUUGAAGUAAUGACAUCUAAUAUUGGUUAUUAUCUUAUAACAGUGUUAGAACUGGACAAAGAAAAAUUAGAAGAUGCUAUCCUACAAGCUUUAAUUAAAGGUAAAAUUAUUUGA